ACGAAUUCUUAACUAAACCCAUCGCACAUCAGGUUGGGAGAUGCUGCCAAGCGGGGGUGCUUGGCAACAGUACCGAGCCUUCGAUCAGGCCCUUCAUCUCGGAAGUCGACGGUUUGGAUCUUAACUGAGCAAUUGACAGUUCAAAUUUAAAUGUUCUCAGAUUCAAUAUGAGCCAUCCAUGCCGUGACAAAUGACCGUGCCACUCGGCAGCCCACUUUGCAAGGGGUGUUUGACAGCAUCCCGCGUUCGCAUCCCGUGUUCGCAUGAUCCACAUCAAAAACACCAAACAAGAGAUCAUCUUCACCUUAUCUAAAUUCGAGAAAUUGCGGCGGUCAUUAACUCGAGUAGUUUGGCAGUAUGUUCUAUAUGCCUAAACAUAUUUAGGCAGAAGUUGCAUAACACGAAGAAUUGAAAAGGGAACUUGUGAUUUGUGAGUUCAGGAGAGCAUACAUGAAUUCAAGAGGGGGGAAGGCAAUGGAUCCCAACAGCCCUCAAUGGCCGCCGGACCUUCCGCUGAUAGUACGUUUCUUGAUUGUGGUCCGUGGCAUCGUCAGUGACCUUUCCCGCCGCCCCGACGGCACCGUCAACCGCUGCCUACUGGACCUCUUCGACCCGAAAACCCCUGCUUCCGCCGAACCCAAAGACGGCGUCUCCUCCACCGAUACCACCAUUGAGGAAUCCAGCCACCGCAAGCUCUGGUUCCGCCUCUUCACGCCCUCCUCCUCCUCCUCGGCCACCCUCCAGCUACCGCUGAUUGUCUACUUCCACGGCGGCGGAUUCUUCAACUCCGCCCCAAAUUCUUUCGCCUUCGAUGCCCUCUGCCGCCAGUUUUCCAAGAAGGUACCCGCCGUCGUCGUCUCCGUCAGCUACCGUCGUACGCCGGAGCACCGCUGCCCGUCUCCUUACGAGGACGGGCUCGACACGUUGAAAUUCCUCGACGACAACGCUGCCGUUUUGCUGCCGGCCGCGGACCUCGGCCGGUGCUUUGUCGCCGGAGACAGCGCUGGUGGGAACAUAGCCCACCACGUAGUUGUCAAGUCUUGCAAGUACAAAUUCAGUAGGUUGAAAAUCAAGGGACUCGUGGGGAUUCAGCCGUUUUAUGGUGGAGUAGAUCGUACUGAAUCCGAAAAAGCUCUUUACAGGGCUCCGAUUGUGAAUUUGGACCGGGCCGAUUGGAUGUGGAAGGCGUUUCUGCCGGUUGGGUCGGACCGGGACCACGAGGCGUCAAAUGUGAGCGGGCCGAAUAGAAUUGAUAUUUCCGGGUUGGAUUUUCCAGAGACGUUGGUAGCGGUUGGCGGUUUCGACCCGUUUAAGGAUCGGCAGCAGAGUUAUUGUGAUUGGUUGAGGAGCUGUGGGAAGCAAGUGAAGUCCGUGUUCUAUCCGAAUGCGUUUCAUGGGUUUUAUGGUUUUCCCGGAUCCCAAAUUCCUGAUACCGGUUUGUUAAUUUCCGAGGUCCGAGACUUCAUUGAAAAGUGCAAGGAGAUUACCUAGUUUGGUGCAGUGUCCAUGCAGAAGGUACUUUCAUAAUAGAAAUUCUUCCGUACCAAAAUGAUUUGUCCGGUUCAUUAAAUGAGGACCGAAGAUGACAUAGUUUUCCUGGGAAAAUUCAGAAUUUUAUCAAUAAUUUACUGCAUAUGAAGGAGUUCUUUCAAUUUAUAAAAAAAGUUCGAAGUACAUUAUUUUUAA